AUGUCUUCAGGCAAAAAGGUAUUCAUCGUCGGCCCAGGAUUUAUAGGUUGGAAUGUACUCGACAUCUUGGUUGAACAAGGCUACUCCGUGAGCGCCCUGGUGCGCCGAAACGAGCAUGCUGGGGGCAUCAAGAAGUCGGGAGCUACGCCUGUAAUGGGCUCACUCGAGGACAAGGAGCUCAUCACCAAGAACACUGUUGAAAACGACAUUGUGUUCCACAUCGCUACUGCUGAUGAUUUACCAAGUGCUGUCGCUAUUCUUGAUGGUGUCAAACUGAGAGCCGAGCAAGGAUUGAGCACUAUCUACAUCCACACCUCAGGCACCUCAGUUCUAGGUGAUGGUACUGAAGGUGGUGAACCAACCGAGAAAGUCUACCAUGAUAAUCGCCGUGAAGAGGUUGACUCUGUAUCCGACAAUGCACCACAUCGACAGAUAGACCUUACUAUUAUCAAGGCCCAAAAAGAGCUUGAGUCAAAAGCGAAGAUCGCUAUCAUGGUUCCACCACUGAUAUAUGGCUUCAACCCAAAACAUCAGAGACUCAGUAUCCAGAUCCCGACACUUACAAGGUUCGCAUUGAAGCACGGCUACGCCGCACAUGUGGGUAGUGGGAGACCGAUCUGGUCCACUAUCCACGUCGUGGAUCUGGCACGAGCUUAUGUGGUCCUCCUACAUCAUAUGGAGCAGUCCUCGGCUACAACCUUCCUGGAUAACCCAUACUACUUCUGCGAGAAUGGAGACGAAGAGGUCUCGUGGUUGAAGAUCGCAACAGUCAUCGGUAGUGCAUUGCACGAAGCUGGUAAGAUAGAUGACCCUCAGCCACGAACGAUACCGAAAGACCUGUACGGAGAUAUCUUUGGUGAUUUCACUGGUGCUGUUGUCGGUCUCAACUCCAGGAGUCGAGCUGUGAGGCUGAGAGAGCUUGGGUGGACGCCAGUCGAGAAGGAUUGGCGUCAGAGCCUCAUUGACGACGAACUGCCGGAGAUUCUGCGAGAGGAUCACCUCAGUUUCAGUGGUUACAAGAGCGCUGUCGCUAGUUGA